UUAUGACAUUUACUUUACAUUUACACCCGUGAAGACGUGUUUAUGCAUUAGUUUUUGUUGUCAAAUAUCUUUUAAAAGCAACAGUUUAUAAAUGUUUUUCAUUGAUAUUGUGCGGUGGAAGUUAUGGGCUAGGAUAUUUCAUAAACAGUGACGUUUUCUCAUCGCUUGGUUAAAGUUUAUGUGGUCGCUAACUCUAGUGCCCUACAUUCCUAUGCAUUUUACUCAAAUGGAAGAAAGUUAUGCAUACGGAGCGUGUCUUUUUAAGGGCGUGACUUAACAGACGCCUGGAAUGGAUGGCAUCUCGUCUCGUAGUCUUAUUUGAUAGAUUGAUAAACUCUGGUUAUGUAUACUUUAAUUGAGAUAGCGCUAAGUGUGGGAGUGCUCAUCAGUCUCGUUAUUGCACUCUCCGCAUGUGUUUGUGGCUGCAAGAAUUCCAAUCAGAAAAGUGAGUUGGUUGGUACGGCCGGUGUAGUCAAAAUCCGUUUUGACGAGGAGGCUCCUUCGCCGGCACCCACAACGCCCGCGUCUAUAAAGCGGGCGUCGACGCAGAACAGCCAGCGCAGCCUGCCCGAGAUCCCGCAGCCCGUGGGCCGCCACGACAGCGGAGACACCGCCUCCGAGAUAUACGCCACCGUCAAUUUGGAUGCUGGAAACAAGGGCGCAGCAGAGCCGUCAACAAGCCGAGAGCAUCCGUACGAGCAUGCAUACGCUAAGCUACAGAAUGACAAUCAUAAUAUUACCGUGGAAAUCACACCAGACAACCGGGAGGAUGAGAUAGCAAUAGACGAGAGAGAUGCGAACCAGUCUGGACCAGAUUCAGUAGUGAUAUCGGCGCGCGUGGCGAUCAGCGGCGCGCUGCCGUCCAGCCACGAGCUGCCGUACAUCACGCCGCCGUCGCCGCGCCACAACCAGCACUUCAGCGGCGACUCCACCGACUCGGCCAAGGGUUACACGAGCAUCUCGGUCCGCGAGCCGCUCAGCAACAUCCGCGCGCAGGGCGCCGCGCCCGCCGCGCCGCACUACGCCACCGUGUCCGACGACUCGGACGAGAUGUACGCGGCCAUCGAGGAGGCUGCGGCGGGGUCGGGUUCCGACACGUACGCGCAGAUCCCCGAGCCGCGCCGCCGCUCCACGCGCGCCCGAGCCCUGCCCGACGACCACCACGCCAGAAGAAGUGCGCCGCCUGAGAUAGGCGCAACCACGUCGAACGCGACUCAUUCGAGACAAGCUUCAUCGUCGUCGUGCUCGAACUCGACGGGCGCGCUGGGCUCGCCCAAGCCGGAGAAGCGCCAGGCCAACUCCCCGCUGCCGCCCCCGCCCCCGCCGCCCGCCCUACCCCCCGCCGCCCAGCCCCAGGCCAAGCACCAGCGCAUCUCUAGCACCGGUGAUCUCUUCAACAACGACAAGCUCCGCCGGAGCCUCAACGAGAAGCACCAGCGCAACAACAGCUGCGUCAGCUCGUCCGACUUCUACGGCUGCAACUACCCCGUGGACAAGCACCGCUUCAGCUCCGGCGACCUCAUCCGGCCGCUCGUGGCCAAGGAGAUCGACAUCGAGCGGCCCGCGCCGCCCGACCCGCGCGCCAGCCCCGCCCGCAACCUCGACGACAUGUACGCCAAGGUCGUGAAGAAAGCCAAGGGGAAACCCCACGAGACCGGAGCCCACGGCGACGCCGAGCCGCGCGCCGACGACCCCGGCUACGAGACCAUCGACAGGAACAAAUCCAGCCACGGCUACGAAACCAUCGCGCACAAGGAGCGCAAGAUCUCCCAGAACCAGGACCCGGGCUACGAGACGGUCAAAGACGUGAGCAAAUCCGCGCCCAAUUCCAACUUCGCCAAUAACAACACGCUCGGCAAGUUGAACCACGGCGCCGGGUACGAGCACAUCUCCAAGAUGGACAACGGCGCCUCGGACUCCGAGCCCAACUACGAGGUGCUCCGCAACCAGCCGCCGACGCCGCCCUACGCCACCGUCAACAAGCCCGGCAAGUACUGGCCCAACAACAACGGCGACCUCGGCGAGUCCACCUACGAGUCCAUGCCGCACGACCCGCUCUACAAGGGCAGCGGCAGCGAGUCCGACCCCAACUACGAGUCCGUCCGCCCGAAGGACCCCGACUACGACGACGUCCGGACGAGGGACCCCGACUACGAAUCGCUCAGACUCAAGGACCCCAAAUAUGAAUCGGUGCGGUCGAAAGCCUCCAAAAGCGACUCGAUGAGGUCCAAGAAGGAUCCGAACUACGAGAGCGUUAAGUAUUUCGAGUUGUCUAAAAAGGAACCGCCGUACGAGGAGGUAAACUCGGCGGGGGCCGCUCUUGUGGAGCGCUCGGACUCGGGCGCCGGCUACGAGCGCAUCGCGGCGCCGACCAGCAAGCCCCGCCCCCACCAGCCCGCCGUCAACGGCGCCGACAACGUCAGCGAUUACUUUCAAGUCUAAACAAGCAACCGACGGCCGAGACGGCGCCGCCCGUCGUCUAGACGGUUCCCCGUCGUGCGAGAUUUUAAUAUGAAAUUUUCAUAACACCGAAGGAUUAGGAGUUUUGAGAUUGUGUUUUUUUUUUAUUAUUUUGUCAUAUUUUAUACAAAUAAAAUUGUCUACAAUUUGUAAUACCUCAAAUAUGGAAGAUUUAAUCGAGAAUUAUCUUCGCUAGGUAUCUGUGAUAUAUGUAUAUUAUUAUGAUUAUUUUACUUUUGAAGAAUGACGCGGUAGAAUAGUAACGUGGUGAGUUAUGUUCGUUCGUAAUCUCCAUAAAGUAGUGUGUUCAUAAAUAAGAGCUACGAUUACGAAAUCUUUAUACCGAUGUAGGAUGUACAAACAUAGAUUGUAUAUGACGACAAUGUAAUUUAUGAUAUAUCUGAUUAUUUACUUAAGAUUAAACGUACUGGGAGUGUCGGAGAUACUUAGUGUCUUGAGUAUUAAGAUAGUUUGCAUAGUGUUGGUGACACGAGGGGGCAUGAGGUGGGACUGAGGAAGGGACAGUAUUCGCCUAAGACUGCCUUGUGUCUUCGAUCAAAUACAUCCUACUCGAAGCUCCGUCUGCAAAGCAAUCUUAACAAACAGUAUUAAAGUUCCAAUUGAUUGUGGCUUUCGAGUAGAGAUGUUAUUUUAUAUCACUUUAAAUGUAUUUGUGAGUGGCACAGUAAAUGCAUCAUACUGCGUGGGUAACCUCACGUACAAAUUGAUAUUUGCGAGUACCUAUGUAGCAUGGUUCGUUUGGUCUGCCGACAUCUAUUUAGUGGUGACUAUUAUUAUAUUUUCUAAUAAUUUAUGUUUCAUGUUGUUAUGUUGAAUUUGUUAUUAAAAUAUUAUUUAAGAGUAUUAGUAAUUAUUUGGUGUCAUAACUUUUACAGUUGUUGGUAAGAGUUGAUUUUUGUGAUUAGUACCUGAGCAUAUUGUUUUACUUUCAUCAUAAUGGACUGACACCUCUACAUUCACGCCUUAAAUUAUAUAAAAAGCUUAUGCCCUUGAUUUGUACUCAUUUAUCGUAAGCUUGAUUCCAAACAGCACAAUGCCAUUGAUAUUAUUCUACCUUUUUGUCACAUUUAUAGGUUUUUAAUAUGUAUAUGUUAUGUGAUAAACGAACACCAUUUUUAUAUAUACCUAUUAAAUUAUCAGUUAUAGUACAGUAUUAACUGCGAUAUCGCGUGAAAAAUACUUAAAAUUGUACACUAUUCCAGAAAACAAAUCAUUCCAGGUGUAAUAAAACUAAUAAAUAAUAGAUCCAAUGACUAUAAAUAAUAUUUAAUGGAAUUAAAAAUAUGCCAUAAACGGUU